AUGUGUGAGACACUUGGUCCGUCUCAACCUCCAGCUACUGCUCGAGCGUUUGGAGGCACCACUUCCGCCUUCGAAUGGAGCUGUGUAGCCUGUACCAUGGUGAAUCCAGCAGCAAUGCGUGUUUGUGCUGUUUGUGGCACGUUAAAUCCACGACCUAGAUUGGCGUCUGGUCUGAGUAUUUCAAGAAUUGCCAAAGCUCUUGAAAACGAGUCGUUUUCUUCCUGUAGUGAUGAAAACAACAGUGAUGAAAAUGACAGUGAAAGUGACGAUGAAGACGAGAAUAAAGAGACUUGGAUUUGCCAAAGUUGCAAUGCACUUGCUAAUGGAAGCACGUGUUUGAAUUGUUUUGCAAAACGAACAAAAGUUGUGCGUGAAAAUGAGAAGACAAAGUCAGAGGAGAACGAACAGAUACUUGUGACAAAACGGAAGCGACGGAAACAGGAUAAAGCAAAGAUUGCUUAUGGUGUUCCAAUCUAUGAGCUAAAAAAACUCAUUUUGAACCCGAUGAGCGGCCGCUUGGUUGGCACUUUGCAGACAUUGACACAUACACUGGCAAUGAUGGAUGCAUCAGCGGACAAUGAGUGGACCGACGGGUCGUCGUUCCUGGUUCGAAGUUUUGGUGGUGGCUCAUCACGAGCGACAGCUAAAGACCCGGAGCUAUUGUCAGUGUUAGUAAUUAUCUUUAGUGGGCAUGAACGGAAGUAUUCAGUGGAAGUUCGACUUCUGGCAGUCCAGUCCAUCAACUAUUUGAUGAAGAUGGACCGACACAUGUUUGCACGGUCAAAAAUAAAGGAGGUUGUCAGGUUAUAUAUCACUGAACUAUUAGCUUGGAAGAACAAGAACAAAACAAGUGCUGUGAGUUCUAGUACCGCAAAGAACGAGCAGAUGAUUGUGGAGGAGUGCUUGGGCGGCUUAUCAAUUAUGUGUAGCACCGAGGGGUCUGCUCUUCGAGAAGUGAUGGCGCAAGAACAUUUUGCUGGGUAUCUAUCUUUCCUGUUGAGUUUAGUAGAUGGAGAUGGAGAAAAACACGGUGACUUUCAUCCAAUCAAAAUCAUUAUUCGACCGGAAACGCAAACGCAAAGAAUUUGCUCUCCUACGGCACAGACCGAGAAUGGUGAGCUUACGCUAGUGCUUGCUAUGAAGUUGAUUGAUUUUUUGCGCCAUGUUUUACAGCACAAACAUGUUCCGCUGCACGUUAAGGCAGCUAAGUGCUUGCUGCUUAUUUUUCAUCGUACGCCUUAUGACUGCCCUGAGAUUAUGGCAAAGCUUGUGACACCUGAAGUGUUACGCAAGUUUGUUGCAGUGGUGGUAAACACAAACAACGACGAGUCAGAAGAAUCACGUCUGGCAAUGGUCACUUUGUUGCUUCAUCUGUUUGACAAUCGCCCACAGCUUGUCAACGUAUUUGUACGGGAGAAAAUUUAUACAAAUUUGUUUAGUGGCAUAUUGCCACUGCUGCACUCUUCGUCAACAAGUCUCCGGACGAAUGUGCUGAAGCUCGUAUCCUUGCUUACUCGAGUGGUAUGUAGAAAGCAUUCAUUGGGAUCCGCAAAUAGCUCUUGUCGCAGUUCAAUGGAUGUAUGUGCUCCAGGGGACAAACUGUCUGCUGUAUCUACAAGCUUAGCAUCACGAUCGCCUCGAAGCAGGCGCAAUCGCCAACGGCUGAAUUCGCUGCCGGACCCAGAUGUGCUAUCAACAUUGCUUCUGGACUUCAUUCGUGCAGAUUCGAUUACUGCUGUGAAUGCCCUUUUGAAGGACGGUGCCGAUUUGAACGCCUCAAGAAUGUUGGACGUUCACGGAAACGAAUUUGAUAAGCCACUCAACGUUGCGGUGGAGUGCGCGUCGCUUGGAAUGGUACGGCUUCUGCUGAAGCGAGGUGCUGACAUUCACCAGGUAGGAAUUGGGGGUACCGCUCUUCACGUUGCAGCUAGGGCUGGUCGCUGUCAUGUUGCUGCUUUUCUGUUGCAAUGUGGAGCACGUGUACAAGCAAAAGAUCGCGAAAAGAGAACUGUUUUGGAUGUAGUAAAUUUGGUUGACAAGACAGCAAGCGAAGAUAGUUCAAUGAAGCCAGUUCCGUCCCCGAUGAAGAAGUUACUAGAGUUUCAUCAGCGGACUGCUGGUUUGCGAGACUACGACAGCGGUUUAUCAGAGAGCGAUGAAUUGGCCUGUGGUACGAGUCGUGCGUGGUUUUACGCAUCAGAUCUGGACGAUGAAUAUGGAGAUGAUGAUGACGACGACAUGGAUGAUGACGAAUUCGAUGGUGAGGAAGGCUACUACAUGGAUUAUGAUAAUGAUGACGAAGACGAGUUAGAAGGUUUCGAUGGUGCAGGACAAUCUGAUGAGGAAAUGGGCGGUCAGAGCGAUGAGGAUAUGAUAGACGUGGCAACAGAACUGAGUGAGCGCCGCCCGGAUGCAAUUCUACCUGAAUCUGAAAUGAAGUUGGAGGAGUCCUCCCAAAACGCAGAUGGCGACGGUUUGAGACUCAUUAGACGGAAUCAUGCCAUAGGUGGAAGCGGCGACAAUUGCCAGAAUGACGAUAUGAUAUUGGAAAACGAAGCCUGUAGCGCCACAGCUGUUGAGGUCUAUGAAUUUAGUGUCGCCAUUACCCAAUGUCUAUUAGCAGUGCUUCAUGAUAUGGAUAUCCAGAAUGUGGAGCGCUCUGUCAUUUGUACUGUAGCAUGUGUGCUGGAAAUGGCACCAUCACAGCUUAUUCACGCGUUAAGAGAGGUGGACGUGGUGCUUAUUUUGGACACAAUAUACUUCUUGCUUCAAGGCGCGAAGCUGCGCCAGGAUAACGCAGUCGCAUUAACUUGUUCAGUAAAUGAGGCGAUGUUAAGCUCUUCGCCGACGGCUACACACGACGUAGCCAGUGCCGCUCAAAAUCUGCCGUCAUUUAUUUUAGCAGUUCGUAUGUUGGAGGUUAUGGUGAGAAAGUCGUCUAAGGAAUCUUCUCUCUUCCAUCAAAUCGAAAGGAGGGGCAUUCGAGAGCAAAUUGAGCUGUUGAAUGAUGCAUCAGCAUGCUGGGUCAGCACUGGCCGCGAUGACAGUUGUUCCCGGGGACAUCCCGACACAAUCUUUGGCAGAGGGCUAAAUUUGCUGAAGUCGCUUCAGUCAGACGUGCUCGAAAGUGGCAUGCUUUAUCUUCACAAGAUGCGCAAUCUUGCGAGGCGUUUGAGAGAGUUUUCUGAUGAGUCUCGGUUGCAUGAGAAACAUCUAAUUUUGAUAGAUUUGGUGGAUCUUUUUGAGCAGCCAAAUUCUAUCACGACGUACGAAUUCAAGCAGUCGGAGCUUUUGCCUGCGGUCCUUCAGUAUCUCUCCCCGCAGGGUGAUCUUGAUAAAACUCGAGCUUUGGCGUUAAUGCGCGCUUUCGAGCGCUGCCCCUUGGCACUGAAGCAUCUGAUUUUUCGUCUUCAAAGUAUUAUCACUCAAGAAGAAACGUUUCCGUUGGUUUCUUUCAAUGCUGGAAAAGGAAGGGAGCUGUACCCACUAACUCGACAGCUAAAGAUUGUGUUUGUGCGACUUGAUAGAAAUGCUGGCGCCAGGCAGCAUAUCGGUAAUUGCGAUCAUCCGAAGGAAAGAUCGAUUCAGUUAUCGCCGUUGGCUCAUUUUCAGUCGUUUGAAAGAUCGGUUUUUCGAUGCAUUCCUGUGAUUGAUUCAGACCUGUCUUUGCUGUACUGCAAUUUGGUGGGACAUUCUAUCCAGAAAGUGGUGGAGGGCAAAUGGAAAAAGUUUAUAGUGGUGGGGUAUGAUGAUACACGGUCCUCCCACUUGGUUAGACCAAGUGGUGGAACAGACGAUGAUUUAGCUGAAAUGGUACUCCAUGACUCUCAAUGCAAGUUGACCGGAAAUGUAGAAGCUUACGAAAAUAUUGCGCUGGAUCUAACGCUAUUUGGACCGCCUCAUGCCAUGGAUGCUGGUCAUCUUGCAGAUAGCAAAAAGAAACGGAAGAACAAGCGCAAACGGAAGUCUGCCACUCAAAAACAGCAGCAUGAUAACGAUAGCACCUGCCAAGUGGAGGUAAGAAAUACUGGUGUAUUGAAAAUGGCAAAGCUGCCAGGAGCUUGGUAUGCGGCAACACUCGUAAAUGAAUCAGACAAGACCCGUAAUUCGAAAGAUCAAACAUGCGAAGAAAAACUUGCCGCUCAGGACACUCACUCGAUAAAGCUGCUGGCUGACAACCGAAUCCUUCGCAAUGUGCCAGCUGAUUGUCUUCGCCCGCGGACGAUUCAGCCACAAGUGGGCAGCGUGGUCAAAGUGGAUGGUGCUUUUGGAGAAGUCACUCGCAUCUACAGUAAUGACUCUUUGUCGAGUGGUACUGCAAGCGUAUUGUUCGAUGUGAAAAUGAAAUCCGACUCUGAGAAAAGUUGCGUAAAGAAGGAUCGUGUCCGUUUUCCUGCACAUCAGGCAACACUCCUCAAAGUCGGAGAGGAGGGCGACCGAAUUGAGGCAAUGAGCAUGCGACGACUAUUUUCGGCUAGGGACAGCUCGUUGGUGGCUGGGAACGUUGGUGACCGCGUGUGGGUUUUGCCUCCUUCAGGUUCAUCAGUUACAGGUCUUUGUGUGGCAGGAACGAUCAAGAGCUUUCCUCCUGGGUCGGAUUCUGUUUGCGAAUUCACUACCGUUCUGGUCGAUAUUUCUUUUGGAUCAUCUCAACCACCUCUUACUGUGAGGGUGAACCAAGACCGAAUUCUUAAAUUUGCUGUUGAUGGGGGCGUUUUGCCCGGUCGUAGCUCUUCUCGUCUCUUGGCGGCACUGCAAAUGGCUUCGGGUCGCAGUGGGUCGAGCAGGCUAUUUGGCGGUGAACGCAAUGGCAAUGACGGCAGCACCUCCGCCAUUCACCGAGCGGUUGACAAGGUUGCAGGAUCAUUACAGCAACGUCAAAAUGGAGGUGGACAAGGUUUAUCAGGCACAGCGAUGGCUCACCUUCGAAGUUUGAUAUUGCACAACUCUACAAUCAGUGGUAGUAUGGUCAACGAUGUGGAUAAUGGUGAGCAUGUUUUGACUACGACACAUGGCGCACAAUUAUCCCCGCUACCACAUGAGCCGACUGGAAGCGAAGUGCAAACCGAGGACGAAGCAGCUGCAUCGGUGCCCGAGGUAUCUAUGCAGGAAAAAGUAUUUAUGCAAGAAAAGUCAAAUGACGAGAAUUUGUUAACAGUACGAAGGUAUCUUAAGCCUCAGUGUGCCAAGCCCAAGAUGGUUGUUUCACAACUGCCAAAAGUUAGCUUGGUGGUGGGGUUCCGCAAGUGUGAUGCGACAAGUGUUACAGCGCAGGAUCGGAUUGUUGUUUCAUCCGAACUCGGCCUGGAGCGUGUUGACAAAAAAAGCACGAUGAAUAAGGCUGCGCCUGCAUCGUCACUUUUGAUUCAGCUGAACUCAUCGACACAGCGAUUUGAGGCAAAUGCUGGUGCACGUAAGGUCUUGCUUGAAAUUUUCAACUCAUUCAGCGUGUCGGGGGCAUCACAAAAGAAAAAACGAAGGAAGCUGUCACCUGUAGGCCAAUGGGGUGUGCAAAUCGGAGUUUCUUGGGAUAUUGAAAAAUUUAUUGCGUUUAUGAUGGCGGUACGCGGCGCAGAGAAAUCUUGUCACACCGAAUCAAUUGCGAAAUAUUGCGUUAACUUUUCGAAAUAUGCAGACCCCGAUACAAAUCGGAGACUGUUGAAAUUGGAAGGAUUUAUUUCGUUUGUGGUGCAUGAAUGCAAGGAUGCAACGAAAUCAAAACAGAUGCUGAAAUUUCUGCGGUCACGAGGGUAUUCGGAGAAAUACUUGGCUUCCAGUGCGUCCCGCAGUAGCAGCGACGACGCCGAGGAGAAAGAUUUGUUUGAUAACGACUCCAAGGCAGCUGUUGCAACGAGAUCCAGCAAUAAAGUGCGACAGCCUUUGGUUCUUCGUGGAUUCCCUGCUGACCAGAAUGUGCUCAAAUGUGUCGAGGAUUUGCGCCGUGAAAACCAUUCUUGGACCUGUGGCAGUCCCUCCUGCAGCGAUACGACUUCCACCACAACGGGCACAUCGCUACCGCCUUGGAAGCUAACGUACGAACUAUACUGUGAUUUCCAGAUCGAAUGGGAGGCCCAGUCUUCACCCAAGACAAGCGUCUCUGAUUUGAUGGGCCGUGGUACUGGAUCAUUAGAAUCUUUAUCAGCGAUAGCAGCUAAACCACCGACACAGUUGUUGUCGCAUGGUGUUGCCACACUUGGCAGCUAUGACGCUACAGAUGAGUUGCGGUGGUUAGGUCGGAUCAUCGACACACAGGCUGAUAACGGCUCGCAUAAUGGGAUUGUCGUGCCUGACUCGGUAGCAAGCGCUGUACGCUUGUUCCGCUAUUUAUUUCAAUUCCGCGCGGAUGCGGCGUCUCAAGACGAAGCAUUAUGGACGAGUCCGCGAUUGUAUAAUAAGCUGGAGAGACAGAUGCAAGAUGUGCUCUCCAUGUGUAGUGGUAUUUAUCCGCCCUGGUGCGAUGCGCUAGUGACCCAUUGCAAAUUCUUUUUCCCACGCGAUCUACGAGAGAGGUUGUUCCGGUCUACAUCAUUUGGUUGCACCCGCUCGCUACACUGGUUUCGCAAUCGGCUGAAUAUCGAGGAAAGCUCAACCGACCUGGGAAUAUCUUCCAUGGUCGGAGGUGGCGUUUACAAUCAAGAGAUCUCCAUAUCGCCUAUUCCAAAAGAACGCGUCAAGGUUUAUCGAGAAAAUGUCCUACAAUCUGCGGAGGCAGUGAUGAAGAUGCAUGCGAAGCGCAAAGCUGUGUUGGAUGUGAUAUUUGUUGGUGAAAAGGGCUACGGCUCUGGAGUGACGGCGGCCUUCUACUCAACGAUAGCACAUGCACUUCAAGUGGUUACUGAAAAUCAGAAGGAUCGAUUCUGGAUACCUGGUGAGGACGACGAGAUUGAGUUCAAACAGAGAGUUGCCACCAUCGGUGACAUCGUAGAUGACGCACCUGUGAUUUGUCACUCCAAUGGAUUGUUCCCAUAUCCUCACCGCACACCGAGUCCAAAGCUUAUUCAGCGUUUUCGAAUGAUGGGGAGGCUAGCAGGCAAAGCAUUGAUGGACGAGCGUUUGCUGCCGUUACCGUUGUCACCGCAAUUUAUAAAGCUAGUAGUUGGUGAAAGUUUUGGGCUGGAAGAACUGGGCGAUAUCUUUUUGAGCCACGGGCGAAUUCUGUAUUCGAUGUACAAAGCUUCAAAGAAGCUUAUUGCAGGAAAGCAGGAUGUUCAAAUCGAUCAUAUUGACGUCCAAGACUGGUUGGAUGCCGUAGGAUUUACAUUUAUUGAUCCGCUUUCGCAAGAGCCUCUGGUUGCUGGUGGAGAAGAUAUUGCGGUGACCCCAAAUAACUUGACGCUAUAUGUGCGGGCUGUGCUCGAGCUGUGGCUCGACUCGGGUAUUCGUGCUCAGGUGCUAGCGUUUCGUGAAGGUAUCAGCGAGGUACUUCCAUUGGCAAAACUACGCUUGCUGUUUGUUCCAGAGUUGCUGUCAUUACUAUGCGGUGAGGAAGAUAUUCAAUGGAACGUCGAUUCAUUGAUGAAGGACACAAAGCUUGCACAUGGGUACACAAAGGACAGCCAACCAGUGCAAUUUUUCUUUGAAGUAUUAGAGGAAAUGUCAACCACAGAGCGACGAGGAUUUCUACUGUACGCAACGGGUUGUCCAAAUUUACCUCCAGGAGGUUUUCAGGCACUGAAGCCUCCAUUUGAAGUUGUCCGUCGUGUUGUUGAUACUUCCGAUAUCGAUCGUGCACUGCCAUUUGCACGGACAUGUACCAAUACGCUACAUUUACCAGCCUAUUCGAGUAAGAUGGUGCUUGCAAAGCAAAUGACAUUUGCUAUUGCCAAUAGCCGUGGUGUUAUUGAUCGUGAUUAG